AUGCCAGAAGACGAGUACGGCGGCGAAAGCGAUUUAGAACACGAUGCACUAUCUGUAAUAGGGGCGUACAAAGGCCAACGUAAUAGCGACGACGAGCGACACGGAUUCGGAAAAGCCAUCUUACCAAACGGCGACGCCUAUGUAGGGACGUAUAAAAACGGACAGAGGCACGGCCGCGGGCAGUACAGAUUUGUGAACGGUGCCAUUUACCAGGGUUGUUAUAGGGAUGGUCUGAGGAACGGAAAAGGAGUGAUGGUUUAUAAUGACAAGAGCAAAUAUGAAGGUUUUUGGAUAGACAAUAAAAAAGAUGGAGAAGGGGUUUUCAAGUUCAAAAACAACGACAAGUUUUCCGGGUCGUGGAAAUCUGAUAUGAAACAUGGAUUGGGAACCUAUACGUUUUGUAAGACCGGAGCCGUAUUGAAGGGAUUGUGGCUGAACGACAAAAAAGUCAAAAACUUUCAAGUUUUCUAUCCGAUUGGUGACGGUACUGGUUUCACUUUUCACGGCACGUGGGAUGAUAACGAGUUGGUUGCCGGGAAAGGAUAUUUUGUGUUCGAACAUUUGAAGUGCAUGCAAAGUGGCAUAUACAUUGAAAACCCAUUUUACAAAAACACUGAAUCAGUUGAACUACAAAACAAGAUAUGCAAGUCUUUGUGGUUGUCAAACAAAAUACUGCCGAUCAUCGGUGGCAUGUUGCCACGUCUGCCAAAAACGAGGUCAGUGGCUAGAGCGAGGUCUUCGUGCGACACCAGUUUUCUGUUAUCUGACAAAAUGUCUGAGGUUGAUGUCCAGGGGCUGACUUCGAGUCACAUGGAAAUGUACGAGCACAAAGACGACCUUUGGGCUGAAAUGGAAGAACUGGAAACCGAGUCGAGGCUCAAUCUGCAGGAAGCCGAUGCAAAGUCGUCGAAUUAUAAUGAUCAAACCGAAUGACAUAAUUACCUAUAA